AUGGCUGUUAAAGCAAUCACCGAUGAAGCUCACUUCCAAACCGAACUAGCCGCAGCAGGAGGAAAGUUGGUCGUUGUGGAUUUUACCGCUGCUUGGUGUGGACCGUGCCGAAACAUAUCACAUUUGUUCGAUCAGCUUCCGGAGAAAUAUCCAAAGGCUGUGUUUUUCAAGGUGGACGUCGACAGAUGUGCCGAAACAACGUCGUCCCUGGGAUCGAUCGGAUGCAGGGGGCAAACAUUAAUGGACUUGAAGCCAAAAUACAGCAACAUUACGUCGCUAGCGUGGAUGAAUCUGGAGUAG